AUGGUCAUUUUCACGGGCGGCAAAAGCGUUGCUAUCAAUUCCCCUCGCCAUCUCACCAUUCGCCAUGCCAGAAAUGCUGUUCAAUCUACCAGAAAGGCCGAAGCUCUUGAGAACGAGGCUUUAGACAUCACUUCUCUGGAGCCCUCAGCUGGUGAGCCCAUCGAGGACCCGACUCCGCCUCUGGAGCCAGGCCAGGCUCAGCUUCACUCGUAUUGGGCUCCAGGUCUUGAAGCUGGCAAGAAACAUGAGAUUAGCGUUGUUCAAGACAUCAAAGCCCCGACUGAUAAACGUACUCUUCGCCUCAAAGCCAAGCAGAACUUUUAUGUCGACGCUCCCCAGUUUGUUUUGCCUGAGGGUUCUGUCUAUUCUUUCUACCCUCCUCAAGGCUACCCUGAUGAUCGUCGCAUUCUGCCUCACAUUGUUUUGAGCGACCCUCAUCUUCCUUGGGAGAGAAUAGGAAGUCCAUCAGCUGAGCGCGAUUCUCACAACAAAGAUGCAAACCGUAACAAAGUUCCCUGGCUUGCGCUCUUCACAUUCAGUCAUGAUGAACUACUGCUUCAGCCCGGAGAGUUGGGCGAGAAGAAGUUCAAGCAGAGCCAAGCUGGGGCUGUAAAGAUGACAAUCGGCGAUUUUCUGAAGCUUGAAAACAUCGCAACACCUAUUGUCACUGAUUCUAGCAAGGACGUGACAGACAUCAGUGCUGAGUUUAUAUUUGUCAAGCCGGAUCUUUUCACAAGUCUCUUUUCUACCUUUGAUGAAAAGAACAAUAGACAAGUUGGAAAGAAACCAAACACGGCUCAGUACAAGUAUCUCUCACAUGUUCGCAAGAUCAACACCAAAGGCAUGGCCAUCGCUGGCGUCGAAGACUUUGGUAUCUUCUCUUGUGUCAUCAGUAAUCGCUGUGGACCACUGAACAACCCAACUGCCGCUAAUAUCUCUGUCCAUCUUGUCUCCAUUGAAGGAGUUGAAGAUAUGGAGUGGCCAAAGUCGGGCCAAACCCGCCUCGGACUGUGUUCCCUGCAUAACUGGACCUAUACUGUUCUACCACCAGGACAGUUCAACGUCAGGGAUGCCUUUGAACAUCUUGGUAGAGAACUUAAUGUUCUUCGCCCUGCUGAAGCCGUGUUCAAACCACUUCAGUCAUCUGGAAAUAAAGUCACCGUGCGACUUGGCGACAGACUGAAAGACGGAUACUCCCUCGUUCAAUACCGGGUUCAGACUGGUGAAAAGACGGCGGCAUUAUACCGUGGUCCUUUCACGCCUACUAGAGUCGAGCUGAAUGAACAGCUGAACAAGUGCUCCAAUUCUGGUCAAGACUUUCAGAUCCUAGAUAAGAAGGUCGGUCUGAUGGAUAUCAGCUACUCUAUCGCCUGGCAGAUUGGCAGAACACUUGCUCUCGGCGACAAAGCCUAUGUUGCAGCAUUGUCUCGUCUACGGUCCAUUCUUCGCACCAAGACCAUGAAGGCGUGCAAGAUUGAUGCUGUCACCGAGGCAGGGACGGAGCAAAGUUACCGGUCAAGAGAUGAUCUUCUCAAGGAUCUUCCCAAGACCAUUGAGCGCCUUCAUCAGAUACAGUUGGCAAUUCCUCCUGCUUCAGACAACGAUAGACCUCACUACUUCGCACCUGGAGGUGCCAAGAAGCGAUGGUAUCGUCCGGAGCUUUCCAAACGGCAGUAUCCUAGACUUGGCUAUGCUUCAAAGCCAAUUCAGGAGAAGUACCUAGAAGCAGCUAUAGAGGUUGUCCUCAAAGAACUCUCCAUGGGGAAAGAUGAUCAGGUCUAUGAUGAGACCAAUGACCCUGUUUCUACAGACUGGAUGGUAGUCUUAGCUUGGAUUCUGGAUCGUAUGUUCCUCGACAGAAUUCCUGCACAUUACUUGAUCUCGGAUCCAAGCCAUGUUCCUCCCGAGAGUCUGCGCUUCUUUCACAUUGAUCCCAACUGGGUUGAUGCGAUGGUCGACGGUGCUUUGAGCUUGGCAAACCACAUGGGCCAAGAUCUCGACAGAGUUGCCAUCAAACACGGCAUCAAUCGCUACUUGGAGUACAAGUCUCCCAAACUCAAUCAUCGUCCGCAAGUCCCAACUUACGGCUUCUACCUACGUUCUGAUCUCGUCACUCUUUACCCUGAUCUGAGAGUCAACACCACUGGAGCUGAUACUGGUCGUGCACCUCUUCUUCGCCAUGAGAUUAUCGCAGACGGCGUCAUGCUCGGAUUGUUCGAUUGCAUUCCUGGACAAGACUUCAAAACCUUGAACUUCACUCAGCCUCCCCAUCAGCAACGGUUUGCUGCUGGUUGGUACCUUGAGGCUGAUAAGUUAGAGAUAUCUAUUGGAAGGGAGUUCACCGUUGAUCCGAAAUAUCAAGACUACUCUAAGCCUGAAGAAGAUUGGCAAAAGGUCACUAUGCUUCCAAGCUCAGAGGAUAAUUGGUUCACAUGGAGCACUAUCCCAAAGCCACUCGUUGGCGGAAAGGAUGAAGGUGAUCCAGGUGCUGAUCUGCGUAUCCUUCGUCUGCCCUCCUUCGUCAAGAAACAGAUGGACCUGCUCAACGAGAACAUGGGAUCCUUCACUGAUAACGAGGGGAACAAGCAGGAUUACUUCCGCGAUACUGUUCCAACCUCUGCCCUCCUUGCCAUGCAACUCAACGAUCCUUACUAUCAACUCGUCAUUGCUUUAGAUAAACAAGAGGGAUCGGGUGACCAAGCAUCUUCAUCUCCGCUGGCUAAUUUGAGGAGUGCAGCGACUGGGCCAGUCCAAGAACUUCGCAGCCUGAAGUUCAUGACACCUACCACUGUCCCUAGAGUCUCACAGCCUGAGGAUGAUGAUCUUGAUCCACCAGAGGUAGACACCAUUGUGUCCCUCCAAGCGGCAUCUUUGGAUACCGCUGCCGAGACAUGGGAACGCGAUGAGAGCUUUGUGGUGAGAUCUCGUACUCUGGGACACCAUCUCCCCCCGCACCAUCGAGCACCGAUCACAGAGCAUCUCCAUGGCGCCAUGGGAUCACAGGCUCCCCAUGGUGUCCCAGUCCAGCAGCUCGCCAGUGCAAGAAGGCUUGGAGCUCCUCAAGUCAGCAUGUUCAUGAGAACGGCAAGUGCCAGCUCCCAACCUUCUGCCCUAGCUGGUCCACCUAUUUACACAUGCAACGCAUACUCCCUACAGCACGACGUCAUCAUCCAAGAUAAAGAUUGCUUACCCCAAGACAUCGUAUUCUCGGUACUUGUCUCACGCAACAAAUACAGCAGCUAUCAGCUCACAGAGUUCGACAUAGCUAUUGAGCUUGGCACGUCAGCUGACGAUAACUGCAUCAUGGACACUUACGCAGGUCCCGGUGCACGCAUGCUGAGUAACCUCCGCUUCAAUGUUCUCAUGUCUUUCACUACCAUGCCUGUCACAGACAGAAAGUGUUUGUUGAUGCGGCUUAUCCCGCGAAGUCACAAGGGAUGGAUCAGGAUGCAAGAUGUUCAUGAGAUGAGUUUCAUGCUGACGCUGGCUCAGCUCAAUUCGUUCGCUGGCAAUAAGAGGUUUUCGCUCUACACGUCUGCUUACUACAAGUUUGAUCACGAGCAUGAUCCUAUCAACGACUUCUUUGAAGUCACACUUCAGAAGCAUCACUAG